GGGAAAGGCGUGGAGGAGGAGUUAGAGGCCGAGGGAGGCUCUGGCCACAGCACAGCGCACCAGUAACCCUGUCUGAUGUGAUCAUUAACCUUUCUGGAAUAUGCAGCUGGCAGUUCUCUGAGGUUUGUCGUUAGAAUGUGAGGAGAGCCACACAGAUACUGCACAGACUAUUCAUAGACCGUUUGGUUUACUUUAAGAGCUUUUGCUCCACUUUCGUGUGACAGGAAAAAUGAAAUUUCAGCAAUUCUUUUCUGUAUUUUUUAUUUUUAUGAUGAGUCUUCUCCUUAUCAAUGGACAGAGACCAGCUAAUUUGGCCAUGAGAAGAAAACUGCACAGACACAACUGCCUUCAGAGGAGAUGUAUGCCUCUCCAUUCACGCGUGCCCUUCCCCUGAGAUCUCUCUAGCUAAGUUCACCAGGUCU